AUGGAGCAUCUCAGCAUGACUCCGGACAUUUCUGAAUAUCUUACCAAUCUGUCCGGCCACAAUUGGCUAUCAAACGGAUAUCCCAUGUACGACGGGAACACCUCUGACUUCAGCAUCCCGGAUGCCACGCCGUGGCCACCUCUGGCCACCCUAGCGGCUGUGUCGAACAAUCCACCGGAGAGCUUGAUGCUGGAUGCUGACGACACGACCAACAGUAUCAAAAACAGCAAUACAGUUCUUACCAGCCAGAAACUCACCUACCUGAUAUCAGAGAUCCAGCAGCAGCUGAAAAAGCUGGAGGAGGUGGGCACUAUUCUGGAGCUCUCGCAACAGUUCAGCACUGUCGCCGGUCCCAUCCUCAGCAGCGCUGUAACUCUGGGUGAGAGCACCGAGGACGCUGAGUACCAAGAUGAGAACGACGACAGAGCGACCAUGUUGCUCGUUAUGUGUGGCUAUAUGUGGCUGGUCCGCAUUUACAGCGUCGUUCUAGGGCACUUUCAAGAGCACCUCAACAGCAUGCCGAUCAGCCAACAUCCCAGCACCAUAUCUGGCUUCCCCGGCCUCGACACCUCCCUUUCUGGCCCCAGCAGUGUGGCACCUGGAACAUCGGCUGCGGUGGGGCUACGUCUUGGCGAGCUCCCCUGUGUGGAUGCAGAUCUCAGGUUGCACCGGAUUUACAUGGCUGUGCGCAUGCUGCUCGAUGUUCUACAGGACAACAAUUACGGCCAACUCGGUGGUGGAGCCGUCAUUGCGUGCAACGUGGCUGUCGGGCUGCUGCUAAACUCAAGCAGGCAGCAGGGCAGUAGUUCUCGCAACUUAGGCAAACAGGCGACGAUGGUUAAAGAGCUCCUACGAGAAAGAAUAAGAUACUAA